AAUCUGACAGCGUGCUUCAAGAAAAUCAGUCUUGAUUGUGUUGCAUCAGACUUCACAGAGAGGAUACUGUUCACCAAAAGCUUCAAAAUGUCCUUGCUUCCAAAGUUUCGUCUGCUUUGGCCAGCCAUGCACCGAAUUAGGCAUAAUCCUGAAUUUUGGUCAGGCCAUGAUCGAUUCUUUCCAUCAUUAUGGGAUUCGUUCCACUCUCCUUGGUAUCGGACGCCCGCACUUGGUACAAGUUACACUUACAUUGAAUUCACAGAAACUGGAGGGGGUACGGCGAAAAAAGACAGCAAAGAUGGAGUGAAGGAGGCACGGAAAUCUCCCGAGAACCUUGUGGAAGAUCGUGACAGCUUCAAGGUUUCGUUUGAUGUGUCCAAAUUCAAGCCAGAGGAGAUCACUAUUCGCUCAGAAGAUGGAGAAUUAGUGGUGGAAGGAAAGCAAGAAGUAAGGAACAAAGAAGGCUUUUCCACUCGCCACUUUGUUCGUGCGUUUUCUUUACCCAGGAAUAUUGAUCGCGACUCUUUCAAGUCCCGUCUCUCCAAGGAUGGAAUACUGAGCAUCGAGGCGAAAAAGCUGCAGCAGGCAGAAGCGAAGGAUAACUAUAUCAAGAUCGAGAAAGAAGAAGAGGUGGACUAAAGUUUCAAAGGUGAUAAUUUCAUCCGGAACUGUUGAUCAAGAUAGAGCAAAAAUUGUUUACAUAGAAUUGACAGCAUGACUCGCAAGGCAGUUAAAAUCAGUGAUAAAGGUAUUAAACUGUUGUUUUUCACUAGCUACAGACUUCAGCUAAUGUUGUAUCUGUAACCAUUCAUGUUAAAGUGGUGUAGAAUAAAGCAAAUGCUUUAUGCCGUAGAAA